UGCGCGGUUGUGUUGUGUACACUGUACAUUGUAAUAAAAUUAAUUUUGCUCAUUUAUAGCGUUCUUUAGACGGUUUUAUAUAGUGAAAUAAUCUCAAAUACUAAUAGCACGUGCUCUAAAUAUUGCUCUUCAUGUAAUAACAAGGUUAGCUAACGUACAAAGUAUCGCAAUAUCCAGAAGGCUGUUGCCGUUUUGGAGGUUGAAAUCUGCUGUUUUGUGGAAUACAAAUUAGUUUUUGAGUGAAUAUUAAUUAAAUUGAGCCGCGAAGAUGGGUAUGCCGCACAUCACCAGCUUCUGCUGCUGCCUGGGGCUGGAGCAGGGAUCGCGGCUGGUCGGCUACCUGCAUCUGCUGAUCUCUCUCGGUCUGAUGGGCACGGCGUCGUGGUUCGCCGCCAACCUGAAGCCGUUUGUCGGCACCGUGGAGGACGAGCCCGACCACACGUAUGCCACGUGGUACAAGAUCGCCGUCGCCGUCGCCGUGCUGACGCUGCUGCAUGUCGCGCUGGCGUUGACGUUGCUGUAUGGAGUUUAUAAGCGCAACACGAUCGCACUGCGCGUGUGGGUGUGGGCGGUGCUGGCGCUGGCGGGGGCGGCGCUGCUGUACGUGGCGGUGUCGGCGGCGCGCGGACUCAACUACACCGGCUCAGAUAUCUUCCUGCAGUUCCUGUACGGGGUCAUCUUUUUCGGUUGUCUGGCGUACUGCAUCCUGUGCGUGCACAGCUUCUACCUGAUGCUGCGCAGCUGCGAGGACAUGGAGGGUCCCUGCCGGAGUGAAUAUUAGACCCACUGCGUUGGGUGUCCCUCUUCGAAUAGUGUGCUGAGUGCGAAGUAGGGAGCGUUCAUGAAAAUUACUUUUAGCCGGUCCCUAGACGAUCACUUGUAUUGUCAAUGUCACGCUUCAAUUUCAUUGAACAGUUUAUUUGACAAUUAGAAGGCGCGUGAUGUUCAAUAUCAACCCUAGACGGUCAAUAAAUUACGCAAUACGUCAUAUUGCGCAAUAAUGGCCAGACAUGUUACGUUAAGUUAUACGCUUUUAAGGCUAGAGCGGGGGGGGGGGGGGUCAGGAAAUGGUACGAAGGAGAGGUGCUUUAAUCGUUAUACUUGAACGCUACCUUAGUAACUCUAUGGAAGGAAGUAACCUAGAAUUUCACGUCGGUUGUAGUAAAAUACCAGACGAAUUCUAGUUUAUUUCUUGCCGUAAAGUUUGUCUCCCCAAAAACUCGUACACAGCACACAAAACACUCUUUAUCUCAGUCAAUAAGGCUCAGUAUAACUAAAAUGGUGAUCCCCGAAAGACACUGAAAAUUUUAUACUGUACAAUGUUACUGCAGGCAAUGUUUGCUCGGUACUGUAUACUCGGCUGACCAUUUCGUUUACUAAUCAAUGAUUUUUAUUUAUAUUGCUAAUUUUUUACGGUGCUAUGAUAGUUUUUCUCUGUGUAUGCGAGCGAAAGUUGUCAAUUACAAUUUUCGUGAAACUUGUAAUAAAGUGCCAUCUAGUGUUAAUUUGCAACUACUGUUGAACACGUCAAGUUUCAGUUUGAUGGCGCUAAUAAAAUGUUAGUAUAGAGAGGAGUCUGGUG